AUGGCGACGGCGAGCGGACGGAAAUGCCUGGCCACUUUAGGCCGCUGGCGCCACCGGCGUGGAGCAGCCGCCCCUUCCCGGGCCUUCGCCGCCCUGGUGCCCGGUGUCUCCCAGGUGGAUAACAAGGGCGAAUUUCUGGGGAGGAAGCCCCAUCGCCAGCACCCCGGCAUCCUGCAGCUCCCGCACGUGCGGCUGCCCCAGGCCCUGGCGCAUGCGGCGCAGUUCCUGCUGCUGGAGAGCCCGGAAGCCCACGUGGAGAAGCAGGUGCAAGCCCUGACCAACUAUCUGUGGAGCCGGCAUUUGCCCGUCGAGGCCGAAGAAUUGCAAAGACAAGCUGUGCACCUGAAGACAAAAUUCCUGCAGAACUCAGCCGCAGACCCAGCUCAGACAGAGGAGAAACUUCAAGGAGCUGUGCUGAGUGCCCUGCGCAGAAGUACUUACCAUUGGCAAAAACUCAGCUACGAUAAGAGACUAAGUAUGGUAUAUAUGGCAGCAAGACUGGAUGGUGGCUUUGCGGCAGUCUCCAGAGCAUUCCAUGAGAUACGCGCUCGAGUUCCAGAGUUCCAGCCACAAACUUUGAUGGACUUUGGCUCUGGUACUGGUUCUGUCACUUGGGCUGCUCAUAACACCUGGGGCCAGAGCCUACGUGAAUAUUUGUGUGUGGACAACUCAGCUGCCAUGUUGGACUUGGCAGAAAGGCUCCUGAAAGGUGGUUCAGAUUCUAAGAAGAAGCCUUAUGUUCCAGGUGUCUUUUUCAGACAGUUCCUGCCUGUCUCACCCAAGGUACAAUUUGAUGUGGUGGUUUCAGCCUUUUCCCUAAGUGAGCUGCCUAGCAAGGCUGACCGCAAUGAGGUGGUUCAAACCUUGUGGCGCAAGACAAGCCAUUUUCUGAUCCUGAUAGAGAAUGGAACAAAAGCGGGACACCGCCUUCUCAUGGACGCCAGGGACCUGGUCAUUAAGGGAAAAGAGAAGUCACCUCUGGACCCUCGGCCUGGCUUUGUCUUUGCCCCCUGUCCCCAUGAACUUCCAUGUCCCCAGUUGACAGCCUCUAAGCCCCUAGCCUGCAGCUUCUCCCAGGCGUACCAUCCCAUCCCGUUCAGCUGGAGCACGAUGCCAAAGGAGGAAAAGUUCUCGCUGGUGAUUCUUGCCCGGGGCUUUCCAGAGGAGAUGCAUCGCUGGCCCCGGAUCACUCAGCCUGUACUGAAGCGGCCACGUCAUGUGCAUUGUCACCUCUGCUGUCCAGAUGGACAUAUGCAACAUGCUGUGAUCACUGCCCGAAGGCACGGCAGGGAUUUAUAUCGCUGUGCCCGAGUCAGCUCUUGGGGAGAUCUUUUACCUGUGAUCACUCCAUUGGAACGUCCUCAGUUCCCUGCUCAGGAUCCUUCUGAGGAUUGAAAAGGAUCUGUCACGAGUAUUCUGUCAAGCCCACCGGGCCAACGCGUCCUGGUAUCCAGGAUAGUGAUGCUGGUACUCUGUAUGCCUGUGUUUGUUCGAGGAUUUAAUAAGAAUAAAGUUUAAAAGAAUGAAAA